CUACACUUGGAGCGCUCUAUGUUAACGGCGGCGGCGAAAGAUCGGAGUGGAAGUAAGCAAGCAGUUUAGUACAGUGUAGUUGGACCGUAUUCUGGGACUUAUAGAAGUGAUAAAAAUCGUAAUUAUACCUGAUUAAGCAAUGGGUAAAGGUGAUAAUAAGCCUCGUGGGCGUAUGUCUGCAUAUGCGUUCUUUCUUCAAACAUGCCGUGAAGAACAUAAAAAGAAGCAUCCCUCAGAAGCUGUUGUAUUUGCAGAAUUUUCACGCCGGUGUGCUGAAAGAUGGAAGACCAUGUCUGACAAGGAAAAGACAAGGUUCCAUCAAAUGGCAGAAAAGGAUAAGAAGAGGUACCAAUCUGAAAUGGCUAAUUACACACCAGCUGAAGGUGCAGGAAAGAGUGGCAAGCGAGGAAAGAGGAAGCGUACUAAGGAUCCUAAUGCACCCAAAAGAGCAUUGUCUGCAUUUUUCUGGUUCUCAAAUGAUGAACGUCCAAAAGUGAAGGAAACUAUGCCUGAUGCACCUGUUGGUGAUGUAGCUAAAGAAUUGGGCCGCAGGUGGAAUGAAGUGUCGCCUGAAACUCGAUCAAAGUAUGAAGCGCUUGCUGCCAAGGACAAAGCCAGAUACAUGAAGGAAGUUAAAGUGUACAAAAGUGGUGGUGUAAAAAGGUCAAAAACUGCAGCUAAGGGCAAGAAAAAGAAUGACUCUGAUGAAGAAUCUGGUGAAGAAGAGGAGGAGGAAGAACAAGAAGAAGCUGAACCAGAAGAAGAGGAGGAGGAAGAAGAAGAGGAAGAGGAUGAUGUGUAAAGAGCGGUACCUCAUUUGUAGGGCAGAAUGUGAUUCUGCACUCUUAGUAAACUUGUUAAUAGCAUUUCAUGUAGGGGUUUAUGGAUUAGGUGUUUUUGUGCAUCAGAUCAGCCUUAGUUCAGAAUGGCAAAAAACAGUGGGAUGAAAAUGUUUUUAUUCUUAAUCCAUUUUAUAUCCGGUUUUAUUCAUUCUGGCAACCUGUCCAUUGUCCCCUUUUUUAUUAUUGUGAAAAGUGCAAAAUUUGUUGUUCUUAACUAAGGCCCGUUAUCAUCUCAUUAUUGCAUUUUCAUUUCACAUUGGUGUACUUAUCUAAAAUCUCAUGCUAUGUAAAAGGUUAAAUUACCAGGUUACAUCACGUGUAAUCCAUCCACUUAGCAAUUUGCAAAGUGGCUGCAUCUGUAAAUAAUUUUCCACUCUUUAUGGCAUCAUUAAAUGUUAGAUUUUUAGUAUAUAAUGUUUGAAACACCACUAAUUUUUUUACUGGUUUGAGAAAGACAAGGAAGCUACCUCUGUGAUUAACAUCAACUUGUACUGGUAUUUUUCGGCAGGGAAGGGUUAAAAUUUUCAAACUUGUUGCAGACAGGAAAUUUUUUUGAUGCAUCCACUUUGUAAUUUCUAUGCCCAUUUUCACUUAUCCUAUUUUUAAAAGAAUUAAAUCUCGAACUUUUGAUUAUGCACAAUGUUGCCAGUAGUUGUGUAUUCAAUGUGCAAGAAAACGAUGUACCAAAUAAAAUUGAAGAUUUUUUCUUAUUUGAUUUUUAUAACAUGAUCUAUACCAAUUUUUAAGACAUGUAACUUGUUUGGGAAUCUUAACUGCAGUCCCUGCAUCAUUUUCAGUAAAUGUAAAGUUUUAAUUAUUAUUUAAUAAAGAGUACAUCAUUUUAAUGUGUUAAA